AUGUGGUAUCUGAGCAUACACUCCUGUGUACGCUUCAUAGAGAUUCAGAGUGACGAGGAAGUUCACCGGGUGAUGAUUAAACCGUCCAAGGGCUCCUGCUCCACCAACAUCGGCUACAAACCCGAUACGCUCACCUUCCGGCAACUGUUCCUCGUAGGCCCUUCCUGCACUGUCUCCAAAUGGCACCUGAUGCACCAAAUACUGCUGCUGGCCGGCCUCUACCCCGAACAGAGACAUUACAACCGUGUCAGGUACCUGCUGGUGGAUAUGGAAGCCAUCCAGCAGGACCACCAUCUGGAGUACGCUAAGCUUAAGGGUGCUUUUGGGUUCCUGAUGACUCUGGGUCUUCCCUACGACCCCACCAGCCUCUUGCACUACAACAACAAUAUCUUCUCCGUCGACGACAACAUCCAGACGAUGUUGCUAAAGGUGAAGGAGUUCAACGGCACUCUAGGUCAGCGGGAAGACUUCAGCGCCACGGAUCGAGCCCGUCUCAACCGCCUGUACAUGUGUUGGGGUCACUACCUGGGCGACGACCUGCCUGGCGCGGUGCCUUACCUCUACUGGUUCAACACCUUUCUCAGCCCCUGA